UAUAAGGCGUAGUUUUGCAUACUCCAAAGUCGAAACCCUGCACCUGAAGAGCGAGUGGGAGAGGCAGAAAGAAGAGAAAAAAGGGGAAUGGCAUGGUUGCAGUUGCAGAGAAUCGUGACCAAGGGAGGUGCUAAUUUGAUCUCACCACUCCCACUUUCACGAUUCUUCUCGAAAUCUUCUUCCCCCUAUGUUGUGAAAGUUGGAAUUCCAGAGUUUCUAAACGGGAUUGGGAAGGGGGUUGAGUCCCACGUUCCUAAGCUUGAAUCCGAAAUCGGUGAUUUCCAGAAGCUUCUCCUCACUCGCACCCUCAAACUCAAGAAGCUUGGCAUUCCUUGCAAACACAGGAAGUUAAUAUUGAAAUACACACACAAGUACAGGCUGGGAUUAUGGAGGCCACGUGUUGAGUCCAUCAAUGCCUGAUUGGUUUCUAAUUAGUAAGUAGUCGCUGUUUGUUAGACCAUAUUGCAAAUGUUUAGCCGCAGCAGAAUGAAAAGUUCAGCUCACUGUCUUUUAAGGCCACCCAUCUUUUUCAUCACAUUCAUCUCUAGUGGACAAAGUUUGGUUUUUGCACCGGUUAUGUACAAUGGAUUUGUCUUAAUUGACAGUUUGUGUUAGUUAUUUCAUAAUUCAUAUCCCGUGACAUCAUUGCAUGUUAUGUAAUGUAUCAGUUGUUUUUAGCGAUAAGAGUAUUGAGGGCUUAGGAGUCCGCAAUGCUUUCAUUUAUUUCAUUGUAGCUGCGUUUAAAUCCAAAGAUGCUAUUGCAGUUUUUUGCAUCCCUUACUAA